CUGUUCAGUUACAGUUUCGACGUUGUUCAGUGGUGGUGUGGUGAUAUGUGCGAUAUUUGAUCACGGUAGUAGGAACGCAAUUUAUUAACGUUUAUUUUAAAUCUAAAUUCAACACACCAAGUAGAUAUCAUUAUAGAGCUUGACACCGUGACGCCCUCAUCAACUCAUCAUGACGCCCUCGUGCAACGAUCCCGCCGAAGUGGUCAUUCCCCUGCUCGACUUCUCCACGACGCUCGCCUUCAACAACCUCAACUACACGGUUCAGCAGGGUUCCACCAGCAAGACCCUCCUCAGCAACGUGUCCGGAUCGUUCCGGUCGGGACGCCUGGUGGCGAUCCUCGGCCCGUCCGGCGCCGGCAAGUCCACCCUGCUGAACGUGCUCAGCGGAUUCAAGGCCAAAGGUGUCAAGGGUCAAAUACUGAUCAACAAUGAGGUGGUCGAUCGUCAACGGUACCGUCAGCUGGUGGCUUACAACGCGCAGGACGUCAAGCUGCUGCCGAACAUAACCGUUGAGGAGACGCUGCGUUAUACGGCGGAUCUUAAGAUGAGUUCAAAGGUAUCGAGCAGCGUGAAGAAGACCACGAUCAACGGGAUCGUGAAGCUGCUGGGGCUAGAAAAUUGUACCAAGACCCAGGCCAGAUUGCUGUCUGGAGGUGAGAAGAAGCGGCUGUCGAUCGGUCAGGAGUUGGUGUCCAAUCCGAGGAUCCUGUUCUUUGACGAACCGACUAGCGGGUUGGACAGCGAGUCUUCGUACCAGGUGAUCUCGUACAUGAAGGAUCUCGCAAAGCAGGGUCGAUGUGUGAUCAGUGUGAUUCAUCAGCCAAGUUCGGAACUUCUUGAGCUGUUUGACGACAUCUACCUUGUUGCGGGAGGUCACUGUCUGUACCGAGGAUCGCUGGAAAAUCUCAUCCCAACGCUGUCCGAGGUGGGAUUCGUGUGCCCGCAGUACUACAACCGGGCGGAUUUUGCAAUCAAAAUCGCGUCCAGAUCUAACCCCGAAAUGGAAAAGGUUGACCAGCUCAUCCGCCUCAUGGAGCUCGACACCAACUCCGACCAAAAUGGCAACAAACGUCCCGACCGUCUCAGCCCCAAACCGCUUGACGAGAACGAAACCCGCUCGCAGUACCCAAUCUCGCAGUGGCGCCAAUUCGCGAUCCUCACCCGCAGAACCACCCUCGGAACGAUUCGCAACUUCACCCUAACCGUGCUCCGGUUCAUCGGCCACCUGUUGUUCGGCCUAAUCAUCGGCACCGUCUACUACGACAUCGGUAACGACGGCGCUAAAAUCCUGUCCAACAUCGGGUUCAUCAUGCUGACGCUGCUGUUUAUCGUGUUUGCCAACGCAAUGUCCGUCGUGCUCACCUUCCCCCUCGAGAUGUCCGUCUUCAUCCGCGAGUACAAAAGCAACAGCUACUCGAUCGUGGCCUACUUCUGCUCGAAGAUCGUCGCCGAUUUCCCACUCAUGCUGGCCGGGAUCACCCUCUUUCACGGCACGGCCUACUACAUGACGGGACAGAUCAACGAGCCGGGCCGCGCGGCCUGUUUCUGGGCGAUGUGCGUCGGAAUGGGUUGGUUCGCGCAGGUUUACGGACUGCUCGGGGGGAGCAUCUUCCCCAUCGAGGUCAGUCCGUUCAUCAUUCCGGUGACGAUGCUGCCGGGGGUGUUGUUCUGCGGGUUCUUCAUCCGGUACGACGAGCUGUUUGCGGCGUUUCAGCCGUUGACGUUUGUGUCGCCGUUUAGGUUUACGUUCGAGGGAGCUUCGCUGGCGCUGUACGGGUUUGGGAGGAAGGAUCUGGGUUGUAGUGAGAUGUUUUGCUACUACCGGAAGGCGGCGAAGAUUUUGGACAUGCUGGAUAUGAAGGACGAGAACUUUUGGAUCGAUGUCGGGGGGUUGGUGACGAUCAUAGUGCUGUUGCACGUGGCGUUGUACAUUAGUUUGAGAAUGAGGUUACGAUGAUUUCAUUUUAAACAUACUUUUUUUGGUAUCUAAAAGCAAGGAAUGCAAUAGGUGUUGAACAUUACCAUCACAACUUAUGAGCAUCACAAAACAUUAAAAGCUAAGGGAUAAAAGAUUAAAACUGUAGCUUUUUGUCAAUAGUUUUCCUUCAUAUAUUGUUCUUUGGAGUGCCUUAACUAUCUCUGUGAUACUAUAGUGUUCUGUAGUAAUUCGUUAC